CAUGCCCCAGUCACUAUCCGUACAAGUAGCAGAAAUGGUGUCAAAGACACAUCAACCCUUAGUCAUGGUGCUGCGAUUCCACACACAGGGGCUGAUAAACAUGGAACCUCCACAGAAGAUAACACCAUGUCUCAGUCACUGUCCAGUGAUAUUACAAGAGCCAGUACAAGUAGCAGAAGUGGAGAGGAGGGGAACAACAAAUCAAAGAAGCAACAAAAAAAGGCACAGAAUGGAAGUGAAGGGACCAGUCCACAAGAGCAGUUCCUCCUAUUUCAAAAGGAGAAGUUGGCCAAGGUUUCAGAUUACAGGAAAAGAAAGUUAGACAUUAUGGAGGAGCUGCUCCAGCUAGAGCGUAGGAGAACUGUAGCUUUGGAAAAGAUUGCCGCCUCCACAGACUGUGCCAGAAGCUCUCCGCCAUUAUCAUUAUCACCUGUUAUUAAGUUUCUCUGAUUUAUCGCAAAAUAUUUAAUGUAAAUUUUUAUUUUCAUUAAAUU